AUGAACCUCCACUCCGCCCUCUACUACACCGCCAUCCUCUUCGGCGCCCUCAUAGGCGCGUACACAGGCUGGUCCUCUUCAGACAGCGACUACGAGCUAAAUACCGCCGCCGCGCCGAAAUUCCUCACAUACAUCCACGACAAGAUCCCCAGCUUCCGGAUCCCGGUCCCGCUUCCAAGCGCGCUCACGAACAUCCUGUCUAAGAAAGACCGCACCCUCCUUGUUGGAUAUACGCACGGCUUUAAAUUCGAGUAUAGGACGGCCGACCUGAAUCGUCUUAGCCGGUCGCAGCGGGAUACAGCCCUUGCUGCGGUGAAGGUGUAUUUUGAGACACAUACGGGCGAGGAAAUCGAUAAGGCCAUUGCGGAGGGGGAUGCGCUGGCGCUUGCAACGGCUGCCGAGGCUAAACGUGGACAGGUGGGUGUUGGGGUUUCUUGGACGGCGGGGAGUAGGACGGCGUGUCUUAAGCUUAAUGAUCAGUGGGGAGCGACUAAGAAAUGGGGGCCGUUGGAGGGGUACAUGAAGAUUACGCGCGAGGAAAACUUUAAUAAUGAGAUGUAUUGUGGCCCGACCUUUACGUUAACGAUUUUGAGCAAGCAGUUUGAUAUUGUUGACAAGUCGAAGGAGAAGGGGAAGGCGGAGAAGGAGGGGGAGAAGGUUGAUCGCAAGCUCUGA